AUGAAGAACCACGCGGCAGAUCUAGCCGCAAGGUUCAACAGGCGUGUCGCAACCUCCUUCAUUGGCCGGUUCUUCAGGCUAGAGGGCAGUAGUCACAGCAUGGAGAUCGACGGGACGACGUUCUUGAAAGAAGUUCGUGCUGGGGCGACGACCUUUGCUGCUAUGACGUAUAUCAUUGCUGUCAAUGCUUCUAUUUUGUCGCAGACGGGUGGUCCUUGUGUUUGUGAUGAGACGAAUAGGAUUGAUUGUGAUAAGAUUGAUAGCUAUACGAUAUGUAAAGAGGAGGUGAGGCGAGAUCUCGUCACGGCGACAUCAGCCAUCGCAGGGCUCGCAACCCUCGUGUUUGGUCUCUUCACCAACCUUCCCAUAGCCCUCGCACCUGGCAUGGGCCUCAACGCCUACUUCGCCUUUCAAGUAGUAGGCUACAACGGCUCAGGCAGUAUCCCCUACGGCGUCGCGUUAACAGCAGUCUUCACCGAGGGUCUCAUCUUUGUCUUUCUCGCUCUUACAGGUAUGCGGCAAUGGCUCGUGAAACUCAUCCCGUCAACCAUAAAAUCUGCAACGGGAGCAGGCAUUGGUUUGUUUCUUACAGAAAUCGGGUUGUCGUACGGUUCGGGCAUUGGUGCUAUCACUGGGGGCUUUAACGCGACGCCGCUGGCAAUUGCUGGAUGUCCUGUUGAUAGGAUUAAUCCGGAUACUCAGAUGUGUGAGGGCGGGAUAAUGACCAGUCCGAAGCUUUGGACUGCGAUAUUUGCUGGUGGGUUACUGACGGCGUACCUCAUGGCCUUUCGGGUCAAAUACGCCUUCGUCAUUGGCAUCGCAUUUGUAUCCAUCCUCUCGUGGCCACGCGAUACUGCCGUGACAUACUUCCCUCACACACCAGAAGGAGACUCCCGUUUCGAGCUCUUCCGCAAAGUAGCUUCCAUCAACCCCAUGAAGCAUACCCUCAAUGCUCUCGACUGGAACGUCGGCCAACACGGGACUCAAUUUGCCCUCGCCCUCUUCACAUUCCUUUACGUUGAUAUCAUUGAUGCCACAGCAACAAUGUUCUCCAUGGUUCGAUUCUGCGGCGUCGUUGACGAUCGAGAUGGAGAUUUUCCCCGCUCAACCCUGGCUUAUUGCUGCGAUGCAAUCAGUAUUUCUAUCAGUGCGCUGUUCGGUUGUUCGCCUGUUACGGCAUUCAUUGAGAGCGGCGCUGGUAUUGCUGAGGGAGGCCGCACUGGUCUCACAGCGAUGACUACUGGCUUCUUGUUUCUUUUGUCUAUCGUGUUUGGGCCCAUUUUCUCAUCUGUGCCGCCGUGGGCAACUGGACCGGCUCUGAUUCUGGUCGGAUGCAUGAUGGCUCGUCAAAUUACCGAGAUCAACUGGCGCUAUAUCGGUGACACGCUCCCCUCAUUCGUCGUGAUUGCCUUUGUUCCAUUUUCGUACAGCGUAGCCUACGGCAUAAUUGCCGGCAUGUUUCUCUACACAGUUCUGAAUCUCAUGAUUUCCUUAACCGUUCGCCUCUCAGGCGGUAAGCUUGAGCCAGAUAACUACGACAUGAAAGAAUACUGGACCUGGAAAGCACCAGGAAGAAAACCAUGGUUUGUCCGGGCUUUUAGAAACGUUACUUACUCUGCAAAGGAUACACAUGAAUCUAGUCCUCAAAUAUUUGAUGCCCAUGGUGGCUUGGACUGUGAGAUGGUGAGGGUUGCGUCGUCGGAUGAGAGGAAGGACGAGGCGCGCGUGUCGGUCUCUGUACCUGUGCCUGCGCUUUCUAGAUUCUCUCGUUGA